AUGUCAACGGACAUGCUGCAGCAGCAGCUCACCCAUCAUGCCAUCCGACGCAUGCAGGAACGAGACAUCAACUUCGACCUCAUCCGCGAGACUGUCCGUCGAGGGUGGCGGCGAGACUUCCCACCUGCGGUCCUGUACGUCUCAGAUCACAUCACGGUCGUCACGAGCGGCACGCGGUUCAUCACUGCGUGGCGCAACGAGCUGAAAAGCCUCUGGCCCCUCAUACGAGCUGCCGGUGGAGCCGACGGGCUGACAGCCGACACGGCCUACGCGUUUGUGCAGGACAAGGACAAGAUCAUGUUUGCUGGCGUCUUGGACAUCUCAGGCACAAGAGCAGAGAUAGGGUUCGGCCUGCACAGACUUUUUGCGUCGCAUGAGGAGAGCUACUACGACGUCAUUGUCAUCGGGCUUGAGCGGCAGGCGCCUCCCAGAGCUCGGAGAGAGAAGCUGAGGCUGGAGAGGAUCCUCGAUCGAGAAGAGAGACGAGCCGUGGUUGAUGACGUGGGCCCGGUCAAGCGACAAGACAAUGAUCUGCUCAGUAGGCUUGCCGAUCAAAUGUCUCAGGCGACAACCAACGACCAUGAUCAACGAGCAGGAUACCCUGCGAUUAGCCUCUCGAUAGGAGGCAGACAGCACAACGACCUGGCUGUACAGAGAAGACUUCACUCUGAGCAGGCUGAGCAUUCGUGGGUGAAGUUUGGCCCGGAGGUCGAUUUCCUCCACCCGUAUGCUGGGUUCGGUCGCCUGGUGCAGCUGAUGCAAGAAACGGCCUCUUGCCUGCCAGAGGUCGCCGGUCGCUGGACGUACAGAGACGCGAGAUACAACGACGCGGUGUACAAGUACACCAUCCUACCUCUCAACAAGUUACAGCUGGGCAACAACACCUCCUUUCAUGUCGUCUGCCUCCACUCCAACGACCAUGACGACGAGGAGCAUUCGGUGUUCAGACGCAUUGGAGUCGGACGAGGCCUGUUGAGACUUGACUCCACGGGUCAGCCUUCAGCGCUUGUGCUCCGCCUGAUGAUGGGCAAAGUUGCGCAGGAGCAUGGCCGAACGAUCUAUCGCCCCAAGAGGGAGAUUUGGCGAGGAGACGUCAGGCACCUUCAAGGUACCACCGACACCGAGCUCGUCAAAGAUCCUGCGCCCGAAAGGAGGGCAGACGACUUGGCUGCCCCCGAUGGCUUCGAGGGCAUGAUAGAGGCGUUUGUGCCGUUGCAGCCGGGCUGGGACGAGGCGAUGCAGUGCGGCGAGAUCGAUCGGAUAGAGCAGCUGCUCCGAGAGGAUCCGAGCCUCCUCCACCAGCGCUUGCGAGUGGACAAGAUCCUCAACUCGCCGCGUCUCAAUGAUGGAAACGGCUUCCUUGUCCUCCCCAUCAUCGCCGCCGCUCUGUACCGCAGGUUUGACGUAGUAGACGUCCUCCUCCCAUACUACCAAGCUGCAGAGAUAGAGCUGGACGCGUUCAUGCUGACGGUCUUGUCCGGCAGCGCGACAGCUCGAGAGCAGCUGGCGGAGAGGGUCUGCCAAGAGAGCGCUCACUUGCUCGUUGCCACGUGUCCCAGAAACGUCUCGAGAAGAAACCAGCGAGGCCCGCAUCCCCUCUCAGUCGACUCCAGGGUCGACUCGGACGACCUCAGGUUCGUCGGCUGCCGCCUCAUCGAGAUCGCCGCAAAGUUGCUGCUCACAGACACAGUCCAGCUGCUUCUCAGCUUGGGCUCAGCUCACACGCCGGCCUCUGCCCUGCAGACCGGCGACGUGGAACAAGUGCGGAGGUUCCUGACGACAGGAGAAGGGGACUUCACUCUAAACAUGCGCUUCGAUGGGAGGAGGAACGCAGCGGUGGCGAACAUCGACAGCAUGACGCCGCUGGUCUAUGCCGUGUACAGGAAUGACGUCAACAUGGUUGGUAUGCUGAUCAAGUUGGGAGCCGACAUCUUCGUACAACGAGCACACCAAGAGUCGACCAGCAUCAACUAUGCGCAGAUCUAUGAUCGCAACGUGCAGCAAGGCUUCCCAGUACUUCGGCUGCUGCUAGAAGAGUACAGGGAGAGGAGAAGUCAGCAAAGGUAUCCAAAUGACUGGGUCAAUCUGAGAGAGAGAUGCGAGCGCUGGCAGCACAACACUCAUCCUGCAGCCUGGAACCUGAUCAUCAACUACGACUUCGAGAAUGAGUUUGAGAACACGGAAGUGGAGGAAGCAGCAGCAGGGCUACAUGAAGUGGCAGUGGAGCAAGGAGAUGAGUGA